CAGAAACUCCAGGCACACAAGAUUUCAUUACUGCAUGGAGAGCCUGAGCAUAUUUCAAAUGUUGCACUGAAUGCAUGGAUCAGCUUAGGGCCAGGGAGGCUAAGAGGUACGGCAGCUCCUACUCCAUGCAUUGGAUAUAUGAGUGGUUUCAGUGAAUUCUGAUCCUCCCCCCUCUCAUGGCAGACAGACAAGGAAGUAGACAAGGAAGCUCUUACUGAGUCUUUAUUCAAUAUUCACAGAGAGAGGCCUCUGCACGCUGCCUCUUAGGUUAAUGGCGUUGGUCCAACUAAGCUCUCCCCUCCCCCUUCCUAACAACAGCACUUCCCCUUAUGGUGGUCUCCAGGGGAUAAUUGUCUGAGUCCUUUGCUCUUCCACUUUCAAUGCACUCCAGGUUUUCGGCAAAGGAGAUCAGAAAUGCUCUCCAGUGAUAAUGUGCCACCUGGCUGCUCUGCCUCCCCCUUCUCUUCUCCCAACACCUCCCAACUCUUCUGUUCACCUACCUCUGAGCUGUGACCUUCCUCAAACCACUGCUGUAAUUCAGUACUGCCUUCCUCUUCUCUGAAGUUCAGGAGGAGGGGGGGCAGUCUUCACCAUUCCUCCUCAGUCUCGUCCCCCUCAGUCCAGUCCCUGGCACAGUCCUAAAGACAUGUGUUGAUUCAAGAAGGAGAAGAAAAUAUUGAAUUACGUGAGACCAGCAGCAGAUGGGUGUAAGAACAUAAGGGGGGGGGAUCCUGAAUCAGAUCAAAGGACCAUCUAGUGCAGCAUCCUGUUCUCACAGUGGCCAACCAGAUGUCUAUAGGAAGCCUGUAAGCAGGACUUGAAUGCAGCACCACUACCCUCACUUGUGAUUCCAGCAAUUGGGAACUGAGAAGCAUAUUGCAUCCGGCACUGGAACAUAGCCAUUGUGGCUAAUAGCCAUUGAUAGCCUUAUCCUCCAUGACACAUGGAAUAAAUUAAAGGAUCCUGCCUUGAGGAUUGAAAAUCAAUGUGGCAGUUUCAUUAGAACAGCCAUGUGUUAGCGAAUACUGAAUGUAUCAUGCCGCAGCAAUCAACAGAGAAUCCUAACCACUACUUCUAGUCCCCUAGCAACAGCUAACAUUAGAGGCUUCGGAAGAAGCUUCAAAAAACUCCCAGAAUGCUUCAUUUUACAAGUAUAUGUUUUUUUGCACUUUAUAUGUAUGUAUUUUAACAUAAAUAUACCUUUGUCACCGGGAAAAAUCGAGGGACCCGAGGCAGAAGCGAAUAGGCAGAGUCAUGCAGGCAUCGCUAUUCAUGUUCAUCAAUAGCUAACAGCUAACAUUAGAGGCUUCGGAAGAAGCUUCAAAAAACUCCCAGAAUGCUUCAUUUUACAAGUAUAUAUUUUUUUGCACUUUAUAUGUAUGUAUUUUAACAUAAAUAUAACUUUGUCACCGGGAAAAAUCGAGGGACCCGAGGCAGAAGCGAAUAGGCAGAGUCAUGCAGGCAUCGCUAUUCAUGUUCAUCAAUAGCUAUUGUGAAGUUAUUGGUCAAUCAUACUCCAGAGGCUUUCUUUAAAGAUAUCUAAACUGCGCACGAACAGCAAUCUCUGCAUUCAGGCUGAAUUAUGUAAAUCAAUGCCAUUUAGACCAAUUUUCUUUCAGCGAGCUGCAUUUACAUGUCCGGUGAUUCUGCCAAGCAUGGCAUUUUCAGGAGGUGCCAGGGUGAUGGAAGGAAAAUGCAUGGGCAUAGGUAAGAGAUAAGUGGAGUGCCUAGGCAAAGCUCAGUGACAAAAUGCCAAGGAGGAAGGGCGGGAAAUGCUGUAGAACACAGAAACUUUGCCCUUUGUAAAGGGCACAGUUUUCACAUGAAUCAUGUCCAACCCUGAGGACUGGGAAAUAGCUUUAAACAAUGAAAAGUGAGUUGCUUGGAAAUUCAAGUUUUAUUCCGGAUUUCACACUGCAUUUUCAUGGAAUGUGCUUUAUCAAGUCAACUGCACUCCAGGCUCUCCCAGUAAUGGGGAAUCGGAAGUCCCCCUUUUACAGUUUCCUCCCACUCUGACAUGUGGACAGCACAGGGGAGGGGAAGCAAGGGAAAGGGUGGCCAGCUCAUCCCCGAUCUCCCUGCCCAUUUGAUUCAUGGAAACCUGACUGUCCAAUUUGCAUGCUUUUCCCCACAUUAUCCCAUUUCCUAGUGCUAAGGAUGGCUAAAGAAUAUGCCAAAAGCAAAAAUCCGGUGAAUACAAUUACCACUAAAAUGUAAACAGACAAAGAAGAACUUCCUAACACACAGCCUUGGGAGGUGAUCAGUUCUACUUGUGUGAGGCAUUUAAGUGAGGCUGGAUGGCCAUCUGUCUGGGAUACUGCAGCUCCAUUGUGCAGUACAGAUCCUGCACUGAACCAUGGGUUGAUGACCUCUGAGGUCCCUUAGAGCUCUAAAAUGUUGUCACUCUAAGCAGAAUAUAGGAAGCUGUCUUAUGCUGAGUCACAUUAUGCUUAUGGUUACCAUGAUUAUUUGCAUUUAUAUGCCGCCUUUUCCUCCAAGGAGCUCAAAGUCAUAUACAUGGUACUCCCCCUCUGCGUUUUAUCCUUACAACAACCCUAUGAGGUAGGUUAGGCUGAGGGGGAGUGACUGAACCAAGGUCACCCAGUGACCUACAUGGCUGAAUGGGGAUUCGAACCCUGGUCUCCCAGGCCCUAGUCCAACACUCUAGCCACUACACCAAACCGGCUCCCUGCUUAAGCUCUGGGAAUUUCCCCAGACAAGUUGGUUUCAUUUCUCAGAAAAUAAAAGGAAAACAAAUUAAAGCUCGAACGUUUAACUGUUUGGGAGGCAAAAACACCCCAAUUCAUCUCAUUACUUGGGAUCCACACAUGCAUAAAUUCAGGGAAUUGUUGGUUUGAACUUUCUGGUACUUUUGUUACUCAUCCUUCAAGGUGGGAUUACAGACAAAGUAAGGAACCUGUGGUCCUCUAGCAGUUGUUGUACUCUUAACAACCAUCAUCCCUGAGCAUCAACCAUACUAGAUCGGUUCUGAUGGAAGUUGGAGUUCAGCAACAGAUGGAGGUCCACAGGUAGAGAGUGAGGAUGUCUUUUUCUCAAGUUUUCACUUAGCAAUAAUUUAACGUUUCUCGUAUGAUGGAAUUUUGAGCAUAAGAAGGAGCACAGGGCUGUAGCUUAUCCACCCUACUCCAUCCUUCCUAUUAUACACACUUUGUAAGCUGAUGCUGAGAAAUGACUGAGAUCAGAGAACAGCUGGCACCCAGAAGGUCCUUCUGACCUGGACCAGCUUUUCAGAUGAAUCCAGUGCUAAAUACAGGAAGUUUAUAACUUCACAGAUGUUUCGGGAUUUAAAGUCAGAAAACCUUUAAUCAAACGCGUGAGAUUGCUUAUUUAAACGGCUUAUUCCAAGUAAACAAAUGUGAGUUGCAAUGCCAGUAGCCCCCACGAGAGAUUUUUUUCCUCUAGCAUUUGAGAGUAGAUGCCCUGAAAAUAGUGAACGGGUGGGAGAUACUGAAUUUGUUAAGGGAAGCUUGAGGAUUUCUCAAAAGCUGGAAUCUGCUAUUCAAGCCAGGAGGAAUUAACAGUAGAUUUUCAACUUAAUCUGCAGCAGGUUCCAGAGCUGCCCAGCACCCAAACCUCAUGCCUGGCACCUGCUAGAGACUUUCAUAGAAAACUACAAACUAAAGAGGUGGAUGCAUACCUGGGUUUAUAGGAGACUGGCAACAUGAUGUAGAUCAAGCCUAUUGUACAUAAGAAGAGGUCCAUCUCAUCCAGCAUUCUGUUCUCACAGUGACCAACCAAAUGCCUAUGGGAAGCCUGCAAGCUGGACCUGAGUGCAACACACUCUCACCUUGUGUGGUUUCUAGAGUCACUGCCUCUAACGGUGAAAGUCCCCCUGCUGUCCUAUGAAUGGUCUUGGGCUGACUUCUCCAAGCUGGUGCCCCCUUCCCUUGCCAAUGUUUUGAACAACAACUACCACCAUGGGCUGGCUGGGGCUGAUGGGAGUUGUAGUGCAAAAUACCUGGAGGGCAGCAGGUUAGCAAAGGCUGCUCUGGAGGUAAGAGCCUCUGGUAGGCCUGAUCCACACAAUACAUUGAAGCCCUGAUUGCCUCUGCUUUCAAGGCCACACCGCUUAGGAACAGAAAUCCUCAAAGGUCAGAUUUGUUUGUGUGCCCUCUCUCCAUGGACAUUUAAUGAGGAAAUCACAUAACAGUUAUACCUUGGAAGUCAAACAGAAUCCGUUCCGGAAGUCCGUUCAACUUCCAAAAUGUUUGAAAACCAAACUGCGGCUUCUCAUUGGCUGCAGCCAAUCAAAAGUCGCAGAAGCCCCCUCGGACAUUCGGGUUCUAAAAGAACGUUUGCAAACCAGAACAAUCACUUCCGGGUUUGUGGCGUUCGGGAGCCAAAACGUCCGAGUUCCAGGGCAUUCAGGAUCUAAGGUAUGACUGUAUUGCUCCAUCAACUGGGAAUAGGGAGUGUUCAUAGAGUUGAAGAGUUGGAAGGGACCACAAGGAUCAUCUAGGCCAACCCUCUGCAAUGCAGAAAUAUUUUUUUUUGCCCAACGUGGAGCUCAAUCCUACAACCUUGAGAUCAAGAGUCUCAUGCUCUACUGAUUGAGCUAUCCCACAGGCUUAUAGCAUUUGUAUAUUGUUGACUAGACUAUUUGGUGCAAUGGUGGGAGUUCACCAUACAACCAGUUUGCAAUUCACCCCAUAGUUACAGCAUGCCUGUGUGCUGUGUUGCUCUCUUCAACAAAUCUCUGUUCUUAUGGCGUGGUGAUUGCGCUCUGGCCCAACCAUUAGAAGCACAUGUGCAACAACAUAAGAUUAAAGGUACUUAGAAAGCCUAGUCUAAACUAUUGCUACUAAAAAGGGAGAGAAUAAAAACCUGAAUGUGUACAACUAUUCCCCUUUGCCUCUUUUUUUUUUUUAAAAAAAACAACAACUUCUGGAUUUUUAUUAUAGUGCAAAAUACAAUUACAGAGGCAGAGUUGUAAGUAAAAGAAAAUUGUCAGUUCUUACAAUAGCAUGAAUCAUAUGAAUCAUAUAAAUUUUAAAUUUCUAAUAAUAUACUUUUUUAGUCUGUAAGAAAGGAUUAAUAUUAUUCAAAAUGUAUACUUAUUCCCUAGCUUUUAAGCAGUGCAUAAAUCACAGCAAGCUUUCCCUAUCUUUAAUUUCCGCCUUUCCUUGAUUUGUAGGAUUAAAUUAGGGAAAAGCAGUAUUUAAAACUUCGAUAGAUAGCCUUACGUCAACAACAAGCAAUAAAGUUCAUCCAGAUUCCUCUAAAUUUCCAUCCCCUUCACUUCCCUUCUUCCCUUCUAAGGCAUGGUGUUAAUUUUGUUCUACAUGUGUUUUUCCACCAUUUGUCAGUGUUGCACCAAUAGCAUUGUUUGCAACCUGCAGUUCUUCCCCUUUGAACUCUUCCAGAGGUAGAUAAGUUUUAUUUCAGGUGCAGCAGAGGAAACUGCUCCUACUUCUGUUGCCUUCCUGCACUAGAGCAAUUUUAUUUGUUACUGACUAAGGCCUUACAGUGGCGUAGCAAUGUCAGGUGGUACCUGGUGCAAAAAAUUUCUCGUCACCCCCCCAUUGAAAUUAUUAAAAGAAGGAAAAAUAAGAUACAGUUGCAAAUGUUAUUUUCUGGUUUAUUUACUUAACAUUGUGAGCAUAAGCACUUAAAACCAUUUUUCCACGAUGGGAAUUUCUUAUUUUAAAAACACAUAUUUUUGCCAUUUUGUCACCCCCCUCAGUGAUGACACCCAGGGCAGCCCGCACCCACUGCACCCCCUUCCUACGCCACUGAGGCCUUAUACUGACCAAAAUAAAUGCUGUCCUGAGCCAGCUGCUCAGAUCUUAUCCAAUUACCUUUUCCCCAGGUAAUCUCUCUCCACCUUCUCCUCAUCAUAGAUAGAUGAUUGACAGUGCAGUCUAGAGGCCAUAGACAGUAUGAAACACUUCAGCUGUACAGAUGAUGAACCCCUAAGUCUACAAAAUAGGCAUGAGCUCACAAGGGUGAGCUGGGUGUUGAAACACAGGAAGGAAUCUUUAUGUUCAGAGUCCCUUUUAAAUUCGGGAGCAUCUGGACAGCCUGAUAACAGCUGUGUAUAAAAGAAUCAAACGCCUCUAAGAAAUUCCACACGCAGGAAAUUUCAGAUGUAUUCCUGAGCAGGAAGCCUGCUAGCAUCAUAUCAACAGGCUCAACCCAAGGAUUUCUUAGCCAAAGGUGCUGGAUUAGCUUUUGAUAAUCAUCUGACCUUUCUGGAGUUUAUCUGAACCGAACACCCAAGCCACGCUGAGAAUCACUAGAAGCUCAUUUGAAUGCAUCGUUCUUCUGCCAAGUUGUAAGCAACCAAAAGCAGAGGUGGAAGUGUGCACGAAGACACUGUAGCUAGGCAAACAAUUCUUUUUUGCUUUUGUGCUGCUAUGCAAAGCUAUCUCCUUUAUAAAAUACUGAAGGGCAGCAGGCAGAGGAAUCAAUCAAGCCUCUUGGGUGCCACCAUUACUAUAUCUACUAAGAACUAUUGAUGAUCUUUGGCAUGAUGGCAAUGCAUGACUGUCACAAAUGCCAGGUCCCUUCAAAUGUUCUCUUCUUGAUCUAUAGGGGUCCACAUGACAAGGAUUGGUAACAUAGGCAGCUGUCCUGUACCAAGUCAGACCACUGAUGCAUAUACUCCAAUAAUGUCUACACCAACCUUUCUCAACCUUGGGUUCUUAGAUGUUGUUUGACUACAACGCCCAUUAUUCUAGCCAGCAUGGACUGUGGUCAGGGAUUAUGGUACCUCAAGACGGACUGGGGACCCAAGGUUGAGAAAGACUGGUCUACACCGACUGGCAGUGGUUCAUCAUUUCAAACAGUGGUCUCUCCCAGCCCUAUAGGAGAUGCUGGAAAAUCAACCAGGGGUCUUCUGCAUGUGAUGUAGGCACCCCACCACUAUACUAGAGAUUUAAGCAAACCUGGAGGCAAUGGUGAUGGUACAGGCAUCGCACCACACAAUGUGGGGUUUUUGUUUUGUUUCUUACUUUGCUACAGCACACCCCAUUUCUUCCCCUCUCUAGAGGUUUGAAAGAGGAGGGUGGGGAUGAGAAGUUCUGUACGCACAAUGCUUGUCUACAAUUUUACCUAAUGUGCCCUGUUUUUGCGAAGCAAUUUGCACAGUAUUGCAUUUUAUGUUAUUUUCAUUAAUAUAUGUUAUUACCCUAGAAUAUGCAUUUUUACAUACAUUACUUGACUGGAGAAUGACAUUGUAAAAUGUGAAAAUGAUGGGUUCAUUUCAUUUUGAAAACCGUGGAUGAAGUAGGCUUGCCUUUAAAUGCUAUCACCUCACCACACAGCUUGGAUUUGCCUUGCCUUCUCCCUGGCUCUCGUCAUGACUGCCUUGACAGUAGCCAGGUUUUAGAGCCAGCCAGAUCAAUUCAGUGGCAUCCACCCCCUCUCUUCCUGUAUUUUCACUUCCUCUCAAACAGCAUCCAGCUUACUGCAGAUUAGUGAAGGCAUUUUCAUCAUAAUGAAAUCUUAAACCAAGAUCUUCCUGAAUUCCAAGAGAAGCAGCAUAACCCCAGUGUGCAAAAACCCAAGCCCAGAGUCUUCACAGAAUAGGGUUGUGCUGCUUCUCAUAGAAUUUAGGGAGAUCUUACUUAAAGAUUGCAGGUUGCUUUCGACAGCCAGGCUACCCAUUGCUGCAUUCUGCUUCCCCAGGGUCCCUGAAGCCUGCUCACCCACUUGUCUCCCCUCUGGCGGCGUGGAACCUACAUUUCACAGAACCAGAUUUCUUGCAUUCAUUUAGAAGCAGCAUUUAUAAGCAGCAGAAAUUCCCCCUAAGCAGAGUGAGAGAGCUGGUUUUAUGCUGACACCAGAUUAAUUGGAAAUGAACCGCUGAGAACAGGACGGCAGAGGAUCAAGCUCUUAUUUCUGCAGUCUUAGAUUAGGCCUGGCGUGAUAGCCCAGGUCAGGGGCCUGGAGUGGGCCACACAACAGAUGUGCCUGAAGGUCCAGUGUGACUUGGAAAUGGACAUAACCUCUACCUCAAGUAAAAUGUGAUGGAACCGUCUCAGAGUUUCUGCACAUGCUGCAAAACUCCUGUGUAGGCUGUAGAGUAGACUGCUUAUCUCUAAUAAAUUUGCACAAGAUGCUGUGCUUUGGGAAGCUUUCCAAAACUCAGGUGUUAAUAUAGCGGUUCACCUUUUGGUUCACGGUGUACCAGCCAAAUGUUAAAACACAAUGGGGAGAAGCCACAGAUGAUUAGGCAUGCCUGCGUUCCAUUGAACAAGAAAAGCAACUGCAUGAUUAAGGACAUGGGAAGCUGCCUUAUAGUGAGUGAGAUUAUUGAUCCAUCAAGCUUUAUAAUGCCUAAACUAACUGGCAGAAAUUCUCCAGGGUUUCAGACCAGGCGUCUGUCCCAGCCCUAGCUGGAGAUGCCAGGGAUUGAACUUUGGAACCACUUAGCCAGGUUUUUUACAUGCUCCAUCAGCACGAUACAUUUAAAGCAGUAUCAUACCACUUUAAACAGUCAUGACUCCCCAUAAAGAAUCCCACGCAUUGCAAUUUAUUAAGAGUUAUGAGAGACCUUCACAGAGCUACAAUUCCUGAACAGUCAAUCUUUCUUUCUAGGGAACUCUGGGAAUUGUAGCUUUGCAAGAAGAAUAAGGGUCUCUUAAAAACCCCUCUUAAAAAUGAAUUACAGGAUUCUUUGGGGGAAGCCAUUAUUAUUUAAAUUGGUAUGAUGCUUCUUUAAAUGUAUACUGCAGAUGGGGCCCAAACUUGCUAAAUUUAAUAGGGCUUAAACCUCCCUGUAUUUAGAAUCAGCGAGAUCUUGGAGGUCCUUUAGUGCAACCUCAAUGCAGGAUCUUUCUACUAACAGUAACUUCUGUUUACAGAGUCUCCAAUCCAAGAGUAUUAUUCACAGAGUACAACACUGACUAUGUGAAUCAUGAGUAGGAAAAAAUCCCCAUAAUUUUGGAUCAUUAUGUGACUGGAAAGAGGCACUCUUCUCCCCUGUCUUUCAUCUUCUCUCCUCCCUCCCUCCUGCUGUGAGCAGAAACAAACCAGUCUGUUAAAUAAUAUAGUGUUGGAACAACUAGACGAUAUUUGGGUAUGAAGAGGCCCUCAAGAUAAAAUGGAGACAAUGGCAGAAGUGCAUUAGGAAUGAAGAUGCAACCCUUUCCAUUUUUUACUAUGAUAGCAAUCUGGAGAUGAUAGCUUGAUUCACUCAGUGCAUAUGGAAACUUUGCCUCUCCAUGGCAUUCCAGUUAUCUCAUAAAUAUAAUUUCAGGGCUGCAGCUGCAAAGCGAUGUUUCGUGUUUACUUUCCGCUUUGAUUGGUUUUAAAUGUAUGAUUUUCUCCUUCCACCACACCUCUCACCAAUUUGCUUUUAGAGCCAUAGAAAUGCAAAAAGAAAUAUAAAGCAGCACUUGCGUUCAUGUGGGUGGGGAUGGGGGUGGGGUUUUGCUUUCCUGGAGAGUGCUUCAGAGAAGAGGCUAGUUUGAUGGUGACACUGGGCCAAGGACUCUCUCUCUCAGGGCUGCAACAGACUGGUGUCUUUUUAAAAAAUUGAUGCUCACCUGGUGGAAACUCUAGCUCACAUGGCCCUUAAAUGUAAAAUGUAUGAUGAUCUCUGCCAACAAUUUUUAGGCCAUCUAUGUAUUCCAACAUGGAAACCAGAGACAGUGGUUAUACGCUUAUUACAGAAGAGAGACCAGGAGCUCACCAAGACAGUAGCUAAGUUCCUCUAUUUGAUUUUUUUUGUCACCAAAGUACGCUACAGGAUAGUGCCCUUGCUGGAGACCCACAGAGAUGAAAUAGAUUGCUCGCCUCUUCUUCCCUUUGGCAAAUGAUUGUAAUGUUGAAAUGGCGACGAGAUCACACUGGCCUAUUUAUUCUGAAUGUUUGUAAAUGAUGCCAAUAAAGGUUUGAUGAUGAUGAUGAUUCCCUUUUCUGAGUUGUUCUGUGAAGUUUUCCAAAUGUUGCUGCAUGAUAAUUGCCUAGAGGGGCACUCUUGCACUACAGUCCAACAAAACUUUUAUAAGUUUAUAAAAUUAUGUGUAGCGUGGAGAAAGUAGAUAAAGAAAAGCUUUUCUUCCUCUCUUAUAAUCCUGGAGUUUGUGGAUAUUCGGUAAAGCUGAACAUUGGAAGGUUCAGGAUAGAUAUGAGAAAAUAUAUCUUCAUGCAGGGCUUAGUUAAACCAUGGAAUUUGUUCCCGUAGAAAACAGUGAUCACCACCAACUUUUAUGACUUUAGAAGAGGAUUAAACAUAUACAUGAAGGAUAAGGCUGUUGGCUGUGUUCUACCUCCACUGUCUGAAGCAGUAGGCCUCUGCAGACCAGUUUCUGGAAACCAAAGGUGGGCAGAGUGCUCUUGAACUCAGGUCCUGUUUGUAGGCUUCCCACAGGCUUUCUCCAUGCCACACAUAAUUUUAUAAACUUUAAAGUUUUGUUGGACUAUAGUGCAAGAGUAGCCCUCUAGGCAAUUAUCAUUUGGGAAACUUCACAGAACAACACACAAAGGGGAACCAUGGGUUGAAAGCCCAGUGAAAACCAACAACCAAAUCACAACUCAUGUUCUUAUGUUCUUAAAAGUGGGACAAACAACAACCCCGGAACACUUGCAGUAUGAAAAGUUACAGGAUUCAUUCCCAUGUUCCCACUGGAAAUAAAGUUGUACGUUUGUCCCCAAACCUUUCUAUACUGAUAUAAUAUUAAGAGUGGGAAUAGUUCUGAGUAUUUUCCCCCUCCUCCCUCUAAAAAAUGCAAACUAGUGUGGAAAUGUGGAAUACUGAAGUUAGGUUUGGAAAAAUGCAAUACUGAAAUUAACUGAAAUUGACAGAUUUGUCAUCUCUAUGACUAGUAUUAUUACAGCCAAACACACACACACACAAUCCCAUGAGAGGUCAUGACUGGCCCCAAAGCACCUGGUGAUUGCACAAAGGUUCUAUACUUACUCCAGUUCAAUAUGUUACCAAAGCAAGCACCAGAAGAGAGAGAAUUUUGUGUACAAGCCGCAAAUAGCAAAACCUUUCUUCCUCUUGUAUGCAUGUAACAAAGCCCAUUUCUUCUGGGACAAGACCUUUCUGCAUUAGCUUUGAGGCCUGGAGCACGCCCCUCCCCCCCGGACUGUGUGUAUUGUGGUUUUACUUGGACCGAUCAGUUCCAGUACGUCAGCAAGAAACCAGACCUUUGGGUUCAUGUUUGCUUCAGCAUCUGAAUUUCCCCUCAAAGCGUCUCUAGGAAAAGCUUAGAAACAGCCUGGAGCAUUUUAAUUAUUUCACUGACACUACAUGGGAAAAGGAAAGCUGGAUGUGAUAUUAGAGGCGAAAGAGCAAAAGAAUGUUUUAUUUUAUUUUACUUUAUUUUACUUUGGGGUUUCAGGCAAUCUCAUUGCAUUACUUUUCAUUCCAUAUUAGAAAUAUUUAUGGGCGCUGGUCUCCAUAGAAGAUAAUGGCCCCGAGGGAGUGGAUUAGAAAGUGUUUGGAGUUUUAAUCAGGAGUAUUCUCGGAUAAGAAGGUCACUAUUGCUCCAUGGAAAGUCCUUGCAGUAAUUUCUAUGGAAGAAAGGUUUGUGUUUUCUCUGUUUAGGCCCAUGCCGACACAAACCGUUACUUCAUUUUAAUAAGCAGGAACAUAGAAAGCUGCCUUAUACCAAGAGCAAAUCCACACUAUACAUUUAAAGCAGUAUCACAUCAGUUUAAACAGUCAGGACUUCCUCCAAGGAAUCAUGGGAACGCUAGUUUUUUAAGCUGGUUAGGAGACUCAUAUUCUCAUCAGUUCCUAGACUUCCCCGGGAAGAGGAAUUGGUUGUUAAACCACUCUGGGAAUAGCAUGGGGAAUUUGGACAGUUCUUCAAACGUUGAACCUCUUCAAAUAUUUUCGCUUUGGCAAUGUGAGCAAAGGAAAGCCACGUUCUGUGCUGGAAAUGCAGUGGAGCCCAUUCUGAAAAUGAGAAAGUUGUGGAAGUGGGAAGUGUCUCAAUAGGAGUUGUUGAUGAAGGCUGAUGAGUUGAGAUUGGUGUGCCCAUUGACAGCACAUUAGUGGUGCUCUUGAUAACUACUAUUAACUGCGCAAGUAAGAAAUGUUCUUGCAAUUUUAAACCAACUAAUUUUUCAGCAGGAGCCUACGCAUAGCCAAGGCUCUUUUGUGAUAUGAUUAUAGACACAUGGUGCAGAGAGACUAGCAUUCAUGGGUGCAAAAGGAGGAUUUAGAUAGUAUAAGGCUUCAUCCUUUCCCAGUCAGGUUUGAUGAUGGAUGAACAAGGACUUGGGCCAGCCAAAACUGCAUUAUUUUUAAAAGGGGCAGUAGCUCAAUGGUGUACUCAUACUUUGCAAUGCAAUUUUCAUCUGAGAUCCUUCUUUCUGUGCCCCCUCCAUGAGAGGUCCAGGGGGUGGCAACAUGAAAAUUGUUGUUGUUGUUGUUUUUAAUGUGGCGGCUUCCUGUUUGUUGAAUGCUGUCCCCAGGGAGGCUUGCCUGGUGCUUUCAUUACAUAUAUUCAGGUGCCAGGCAAAAAUGUUUCACUUUAACCAUUCUAUGUCCUUUUAAAUAUGUUUGUGGAAGCGGGGCUAAUAAUAGCACAACAACCCCUUGCAGACUGGAUUACUGCAAUGCACUCUCUGCGGGACUGCCCUUGAAGAUGACUCAGAAACAUCAAAAGUUCUAAAAUGAGGAACAAAACAAUAUAAAAGAAAUGAUAAAAAUUCAGUUAAAACGUAAAUAAUAAAACAAUAGUAAGCAAUAAAAUAAAUAUGACCUCCAAAGCAAGAGAAUAUAGGUAGGCUUUCAUCAUGCAGCAAAAUCCCAUUGAGAUUGGAGCCAUGCAUUCUUCUAAGCCAAGGGAGUUCCAGAACCUGGGUGCCACAACAGAGAAAGACCUGCUUUGGUUCCACAGACCAUGAACUUCAUGCCCCCUUCUUUUUCUACACAUCUACAGCAAACCUAAAUAAAUCUUAAAAAGAUCACUUAUCAUACAGAUUGUAGUGGCACCUGGUAUGCAUAUUGAUCUCUUUUCUUGUUAAAUAUAACUCAGUCCUGUAUAGAAGUCAGUGGAUUCUCAUAUUGUCACCAACAGUUAAUAACCACUUAAGUCUACAACGCGAGAUUUGGGUGUUGUAUUGGUCUUUUAUGACCUUUUCCAAAUGCCAGGGUUAAAUUUUAUGAUUCAUAGAUUGUUCAUUUUCUAAUCCUGCUCCAAUAAAAAUAAAAAGAGCACUAGGCUAUAUUUAAUCAUUCCUAAUCUUGUUAGCACACAAUGUUAUUGUGUAGUGCAGUGUACACUGCCAUUGCUUAAUAUAAGAAUGCUAGCAGUGAAACAGUGUCUUUCUAACAUGGGUCGUUGGUUUAGUUAUAAUGUUUCUUAAUUUUAACACAAAUUCUGACACAGUGUAACUGCAAUCAAUGACAUCCUGAAUAAAAGAAAAUAGGGUGUUCUUCUUAGUGGUCACUUCUGAGACUAUGGGAUAGAUACCAUAUUUUUCGCUCUAUAACACGCACCCGACCAUAACACGCACGUAGAUUUUAGAGGAGGAAAAUCCGUAGGCAUGCCACCCGUAGGCAUUCCCUCCAUAACACGCACAGACAUUUCCCCUUACUUUCUAGGAGGAAAAAAGUGAGUGUUAUGGUGCAAAAAAUACGGUAUAUAAGAAUGAAUUGAGACCAGAACCUUCACUGUACAAUGCAUUUUAUGUGCUAUUAUAAGCCUCAUUAAUAAGGAAAGGGAGAUAAUUAAAUUUAGCAAAAUUGAAGGGAUGAAUAGAAAUAAUGCAGUAAUACAAUAUGAUGUGAUUGAAAAGAGGACUUGUAAUAGAAGGCUGAGAUAUCAGUAUAAUGCAUUGGGGGCAUAGCAGAUGGAGAGGAAAUAAGUUGCAUAACAAAACAAGGUUAGGCAUUAAUAAAUGAGCAGAAUAAAGGAAAAGUUAUAACUUUAUGUUAGAUGUUGUUGGAAGUGACCAGUAAGCAAUGAGAUGAUUAUUGUAACAAAUGGAACAUAGAUUUGAAUAAGGUUAUAAAUGUGGAAGUGUGGAAAUAUUAUUGUAAUAUCAGAUAGAGAUUGCCCCCUCUGUACAAAAAAUCAUUUCAAAUAUCAAUGUGGUAUUUGACAGCUUAGUGAUUGGGCAGGGGGAUCUGUCAUCUUGCUGAAAAUCUGGAUGUGAGAAUCUAGAUAGGAUGCAUUUGUCGUGGAAGCACCCAGAAAUCCAAAAGUUUUGGAAGGAAGUGGUGAAAAGGAAUUUGAGAAAGAUGCAAAUUACAUAUGAACCUUUGGUACUGCUACCUUGUUUCUUUCAAAAGUGUUUCCUUACAUUACGGCUUUUGCUCUAAAAGUCAACCUCAAUUUGCAUCCAAGCAUAUAAACUGGCAUGUGGAAAUUUAUGGUUUUGGGAUCAGCUAAUCCCCCCCCCCAAUCUUUUAAGAAACCAGCAGUACCCAUUCAUGGAGGAGGCAGCCAUCAGUGGCUACUAUGUUCUGCCACCACCGUUGGAGACAGCAAUGCUUCUGAAAACCAGUUGCUGGAAACCACAGGAGGAGUUAGCUCUCUUGUGCUUGGAUCCUGCUUGAGGAGUUUCCCACAAGCAUCCAGUUGGCUACUAUGAGAACAGGAUGCUGGAACAGAUGGGCCAUUGACCUGACCCAGAGGGCUAUUCUUAUACAGGGCUUUAUUUUUCCAGCCUGAGCUCAUCGGAACUCAGUUCCAGCACCUCUCAGGUGGGUGCCAUUGCCAUUAUAAGAGAACAUGGGAGGUGUUCAUGGUGAGUUCUGGCAUCGCUUUUUCUGGAAAAAUAGAACUGCUUAUGUCACAUACCCAUCCUUAUGUGUGUACACACUCACACUGUUUUCUUCUCUACCUACAUAUAUUGAGUUCAUGAAGUGGGGGAAAGGAUGGCUUGUCUACAUCUCACAGAAUAGACAUGUUCAACCAGUCGGCCACAAUUGACAGGUAGAUUCCUGGGGUGUUCCUGGUCGAUCACAGGAUUAAAUGAAGUGGGCAAGGAAUGUUUUCGCCACCCUCUGCCCAAAAAGCUCAACAACUCUGGGCAACCCAAUCCACGCAAGCUCCUCCUCCCUCCAAUGACAAUGGCUAGAUCACUUCCAGUUUUUUUAUACUGGGAGUAGAUCGCAGUCUCUUGGGAGUUGGACGUGCAUGUCAUACAAGAUUACUUUUUUUCUUUUCCUGAAUAUAAGGUUCCUGAAUGUUGAUUAUGCAGAUGCACAGCUAUUAUUCCCUCCAGUCAGCUCACCAUGGUACACCACCUCAAUCUACCUGCCCCAUUUUCUUUUUUCUUUCUUUUUUUCUUUUUGGCAUUGUUUGCUUUUAAAUACAAACCAGGGUUUUUUGGGCCGUUUGUUCUUUAGCGGAUCAAAAAACAAUAACACACGGCGAUGGAAACUGUUUGAUUUAUUUCUUCUCAAGUUCUCUAAAUUCCCUGGACACUUACUUUUAUGGAUUUAUUAUUAACCUUUCCUGGGUACAAUCGCAGAGCAAAUAAGGCAAAAUCCUUGGCUGCUUAUUUCCAGCUACAGUUAAAAAUAACCUUGACCUACCAUGCGCUGCUGUGCAGCCAGCGCACUUUAAAGUACCCUUUUAGAAAGCACUUUCUCUUGAUACAUAAAAGCGAGGGAGUUGUUGCUUUCUUGUCCCAUCAUUGCAGUGAUGAAGGGGUGGCGUGAGGGUGGUGGUUGGGGGUGAUUCUUUCACAAUUCUUCCUCCUCCUGCAGGUUCAAAGACUGGUGACAUGUAUUUAGGUGGCCAUUUGUCACUGUCACCCAGAUCAGCUAUAUUUAGGGCUGGGAUAUGGGUAUGAAUAUGAGGAAGCAAUUUUUAUUUUUGUGUGUGUGUGAGGGGGAAUCUCAGUAUAAUGACAUUUGCGUCCCAGCAUGCAUUGCAAAUGCUAAGCUCCAGCAUGAGCCAAGCACUUCCCCACUCCCUCUUGGCAAGGUGUCAGAGCUGCCUCUGGCUCCUUUGAUCCCCCGUUGAGAGCAAAUGAAAACAGACAGCCCUUAUUAUCCGCCGACGAUGUGGCACGGAGCGGCGAAAGCCCAGUAAGGCGAGGGUGAUACAGCUGCUCCCUUUGAAAAAUAAAGCCGUACCAUUCAGAGGGUUAUCAAGACCACAGGAAAGAAGGCAACUUUUUAUCUCCCUCUCCCAUUCUGCAGGCAUAUUAAUGUGCACAUAUUAUUACUGCGGUUUUCUUGAGGCUGGAUUGAGUGAAUGUGGGAGGCAGAGAGAGGUAGGGCUGGAACUGUUUGAACAAGCUGGGCUGGAUUGGGGGUGUGCAGGGGAAAGCCUUGCCUGACAACACAGUUCUUUGCACACCUUUACUCAAAAGUCUUGCCAGUUUCCACAAAGAACAACACUCUCUGAGAUUUGAGGAAGAGGCCAUAGAUCAGUGACCAAGCACGUGCAACAAGGCCAGUAUCUCUAGUUAAAAGAUGUUCAGGUAGGACAGUGUCCACUGAUCUCUACCUGACACCCUUAAAAGUCUCCACAGCUUUUGCCCUGCACCAGCCUUUCUCAACUUGGGGCUGAAAGGAGUUGUAUGUAGUCCAGAAUAUCUGGAGAGGACAUGACUGUGGAGAAAGCUAGGCAAGGCCAAAGAAUGGUCUGUUUCUGCUUAAUAAUGAAGCUUUAUAGAUUAAUAUCUCUUCACAUGCAAUGGCAACCUCCUCAUACAUGACAUCUGCAACAGUUACAUUAACAAAAUGUAAUGUACUACGACUACGGCAGACCAACACGGCUACCUACCUGUAACUAGUUACAUUAACACCUGACAUCUUUUUAAAAUGCAAAAAAAGUGAUUUUGAAAUUUAUCACUGGAUCCUGAAAUCCCUACCGUGUUUGACCUUCUAACUUGUUUGACUUGAAUUCCACCUCUCCUACAUGCAUAAAGAGGAAAGAACCAAGGGAUAUACAGUGGUGCCUCGCAAGACGAAAUUAAUCCGUUCCGCGAGUCUCUUCGUCUUGCGGUUUUUUCGUCUUGCGAAGCACGGCUAUUAGCGGCUUAGCGGCUUAGUGGCUAUUAGCGGCUUAGCGGCUAUUAACGGCUUAGAGGCUAUUAACAGCUUAGCGGCUUAGCGGCUUUAAGAAAAAGGAAACAAACUCGCAAGAACUCGCAAGACGUUUCGUCUUGCGAAGCAAGCCCAUAGGGAAAUUCAUCUUGCGGAACGACUCAAAAAUCGCUAAACCCUUUCGUCUAGCGAGUUUUUUGUCUUGCGAGGCAUUUGUCUUGCGGGGCACCACUGUACUGUGGGAUAAAUCAGCCUUAUAACCAACAUGCUUAAGUCUCAUUAGUGCAUGAAUGGGAUAAGAUAAUAGAGAAAGCUGAAAGGUUUACCAAAUUCUCUGUUCUCUUACUUCUACCAUGUGAGCCCUACUAGUAAGGAGGUCUGAGGUGGAUGCUCCAAAUUUAGACCACCUUUGUGUUUCUAUACAAAUAAUUUAGAAACAUUUACCAUUUUGGAACUUAAGUUAUACUGCCUGUUGUUUCUUGCUGCUGUAUGGAAAACCAGAUGAACCUGGUUUUUGAAGUUUGUAAGUAAACUUAUAAGGGGAUAUUUUAGUGUCUAACAGUCUAUAUUUCCACAGUUUACUUUGCUGCAUGUUUUGUAAUUUUUAAUCUCUGCUGGGACUCUCUCAUCAAAGAGUACUUGCCCCCCAACCUGGAUCUAGGCAUCCAGGGAAUUCUCAUUUUUAUUUUUCCAUAUCUAUUUUUUCUUUUACCAAAAUACAAAAAUCAAUAUAUACAGUCUAGUGCUUGAUCCUAUUCAGAAAUCUGUUCCAAAUGCUUCAUAUAGCUAUUCAGAUUCACAGUAGAUUUCAAUCUUUGUUAUGUUGCUGUUUGUAAAUUCUUUUUUUUUUAAAUGAUAUUUAUUAAAGAUACAUGAAAGUACAGAAUAAAGAAAAAGUAUAAAGUUUUAAGAUAUAACAAAAAUUCUGAUUAGUUUGCUGGCAGAGCUACUCAAGUUCUAAGCAAUCCAGCAGUCCAGGAUUUGCAAAGGGUAUCUUAAUGGACUUAGAGCUGAGAUCUUGCAAGGGGCUUUUCUUUGGUACCUGGAUAUCAGUCAGCCAGUCUACUCUAGGCCUAUGUGAACACAGGCAUAUAUAAAGGCAUGUAUAGGCAGAAUGUCUUCACUUCAGGAUGACCAGAUCCACACCUCCCGGAAUAAUGUGCAGAGCAAAACAUACUUCCUCUUUGAAUGUUGCACACUUCUGAAAAUUGUGCUACACUUUCCUUGUUACAGAAAUGUAGCAAAAUGUGUUACAAAACAGAUAUUUUAGGACAAAUAUAUUUCUAAAUGGGAGCAUGGAGAAAUGCAAUAUAUAUUUAUAUACCAUAUAAAAUGGUAUAUAAAAUAUGUAUUUAAAUAUGUGUGUUUUUUGGUCCAGCUUAAAAGAAAAAUGACAGAUUAAUACAGAAACAGCAUGCAGUGUAUUGGAGUCAGAGAAGAGUGAAUCUGUCAAUUUCAGUUUUCCUCAAUUUCAUUUUUUUUCAGCUCUCCAAAUUUCCACAUCAGUUUGUGAAACCUCUCAUGAAAAUCCACCAGCAUUUUUUGUGAAUUUCUCCUACUAUACAUAUUUUUAAUGGGGGGAAUUUCCCUAAUAUGCAUAUUUUUUGAAGCAAUUCUCCUAGUAUAAUUCACUUUUGUAUGCAAUUUUCAUGAAUGCAUGGAUUUAUAUGCACACUUUACUCUAGCACGUGCAUAUUUGAAUGCAUCAUUUGGCUGAAUUUGAAAAAUUCAGACCAUCGCGGCAAAUUACCAAAAAGCAGUGUGUCCUAACAACAUUUUAGCCUUUACUGCUUUCUGUACUAAAUAUAGUAAAUCAGUGCACAGUAAUAAUAGCAAUGUUAUAAAUGCAGGUCAAGCCAUGCAACACUCUUUAAAAAGGAGGGAGGGAGCAGAAUCUCUAGACAAUUGUGCUUUUACUAUGAAGAUCUAGUUCAUACUUUGAAGUCACUCAGGGUGUAGUGAAUUGGCAAACCAAUAAAGAGGGUUGGGUCUGACAGCACUGCUCUUUGCCCUUUGAUUCAGUGACAGCUUCUGCUAAUGGAAGGAGAGAGGGUUGUUGUUGUUGUUACUUCCCCCUUUUCAUCAUCCUGCAGCUCUGAGAUCGCUGGUGCUUCACACAUGCCUUGUACAAACCAGGACACAGAAUCCAGGAGGGGAUUCAGCACCAUGAAAAGUCGCAUCCCCUUCCUUUCACGUUAAAACAUCCAUGGCUACGAGUAUGUCAAAAACAAUGUUGCAUUUUGUUAUAUUUUAUUUUUGUUUUAUAAUUUGAGUAGAAUGACAUCUCUGGCAGAUGAUACAUUUUUUUAAAGAAAAACAACUAGUAAACACAAUUCAGGUUCAUUUCCCCAUCCCUGGGGUUUACCUGGCCUGAUCCGAUUGAACGAGUCAAUUUUAAUGUCCUGUUAUAGAGAAGGAUUGAAAACGAAUGUGGCUGAGUUCUCCUGUGUGCCAGGAUGCAGAGGCUCAGCAGAGAUAAGAUAACCUUGCAAAUAAACAACAGAUGGCCAGUGGCCUAAUGCUAUGCUGUCGAUGAGCAUGACAGGGAUUUAUUCUUUCAACCUGCAGAAGGAACCUUGAAGAGGCUGAAGCUGCGGGAAUGGAUGGGCCCACCAGCAGCCAGGCUUUUGCUACAGGAAUUCAGUCAAAGCAGAUACAGGGAUUCUGUCAAAGCAGAUGGCAUUAAAAUGCUGCAAUAGUAUUAUGCAGCUGUUUCCUUUCUUUCUUGGAUAAUGCGUGCGAU